GAAGGCUGGCCGCUCCUUCUGGGUGUCACGGCUGCCCUGUCCUUCCUAGAUAAUGGCACCAAAUUCUCCUGAGGCUAGGGGGGAAGGAGUGUCAGAGUGUCACUAGCUCGACCCUGGGGACAAGGGGGACUAAUAGUACCCUAGCUUGAUUUCUUCCUAUUCUCAAGUUCCUUUUUAUUUCUCCCUUGCGUAACCCGCUCUUCCCUUCUGUGCCUUUGCCUGUAUUCCCACCCUCCCUGCUACCUCUUGGCCACCUCACUUCUGAGACCACAGCUGUUGGCAGGGUCCCUAGCUCAUGCCAGCCUCAUCUCCAGGCCACAUGGGGGGCUCAGUCAGAGAGCCAGCCCUUUCGGUUGCUCUUUGGUUGAGUUGGGGGGCAGUUCUGGGGGCUGUGACUUGUGCUGUCGCACUACUGAUCCAACAGACAGAGCUGCAAAGCCUAAGGCGGGAGGUGAGCCGGCUGCAGCGGAGUGGAGGGCCUUCCCAGAAGCAGGGAGAGCGCCCAUGGCAGAGCCUCUGGGAGCAGAGUCCUGAUGUCCUGGAAGCCUGGAAGGAUGGGGCGAAAUCUCGGAGAAGGAGAGCAGUACUCACCCAGAAGCACAAGAAGAAGCACUCAGUCCUGCAUCUUGUUCCAGUUAACAUUACCUCCAAGGCAGACUCUGACGUGACAGAGGUGAUGUGGCAACCAGUACUUAGGCGUGGGAGAGGCCUGGAGGCCCAGGGAGACAUUGUACGAGUCUGGGACACUGGAAUUUAUCUGCUCUAUAGUCAGGUCCUGUUUCAUGAUGUGACUUUCACAAUGGGUCAGGUGGUAUCUCGGGAAGGACAAGGGAGAAGAGAAACUCUAUUCCGAUGUAUCAGAAGUAUGCCUUCUGAUCCUGACCGUGCCUACAAUAGCUGCUACAGUGCAGGUGUCUUUCAUUUACAUCAAGGGGAUAUUAUCACUGUCAAAAUUCCACGGGCAAACGCAAAACUUAGCCUUUCUCCGCAUGGAACAUUCCUGGGGUUUGUGAAACUAUGAUUGUUAUAAAGGGGGUGGGGAUUUCCCAUUCCAAAAACUGGCUAGACAAAGGACAAGGAACGGUCAAGAACAGCUCUCCAUGGCUUUGCCUUGACUGUUGUUCCUCCCUUUGCCUUUCCCGCUCCCACUAUCUGGGCUUUGACUCCAUGGAUAUUAAAAAAGUAGAAUAUUUUGUGUUUAUCUCCCACACAGCCCCAAAUUCUUUUGUUGUGUGUGCGAAGGGGGUUUUGCGCACUGUGCCAAGCCUUGUCCACUGGAAUGCAUCCAGAACAGCAGCACCAUCUAGCGGCAGGUUGAGGAAAGACUAUGGUCUCUGCUAGGGAAAACCUUAUCCAACUCUUCAAGUACCCUCUGCUUCAAUUAACAAGAAGCCCGGCUUUCAGUAUUUCACCUAUUGCGUCCAAAUUCUUGUUACUAUCUAGAAAAAGAUAUAUGUUAGGUGCCUCGAUAUGCAUGCCAUUCAUCCUCCCCAUUCUCCUAUACACUUCCGAGCUGGGCACUGAGCUUUACGCCUUAAAUCACAGUACUCGGGAGGCAGAUCUCGAUGAGUUCGAGGCCAACUUGGUCUAAAUAGUGAGUUCCAGGCCACCCAGGGGUUACAAUGGUGAGACCCUGUCUCAAACAAACUAACAAACAAAUAAACGAAAGGCUCUCCACG